GCAGUAGCAAAGUUAUGCUUCGGUGAGAUCGUGCUUUGAUAUUUGAUCUGGAGUCUGGACUCUGGAGCGCACUGCGCAAUGCAUCGCAGCAUCUGCCGCCUCGCUGGUUUCCUGUUUCUCACGGCAGUGGGCCCGGGGCCGAUUAAUAAUUUCACUGCGGUGUUCCUUUACGGCGACGCUCUCUUGAACGACGCCAUUUUGAAUCCCGUUAUGUUGUGAAGUUGUGUUUUGCGGCUUGGGGCUUUUCGCUGCCGUUCUGUGAAUGGUGGCUGGUAGUUUUAUUAGAACCGACAAAAUUUGCGAAAUAAUCGUCUUUCAUCGCCUACUUUGCUCAAGAUUUUCGAUAAGUUGACUGGUUUUGCGUGCUAGAGGAGUGACGCCGAGGACGUCGCUUUCGGUCAAGUCCCUCGCUUGGUAAUCACGAUGGCUCUGGACGGGCAGAAGUUCUGUCUCAAGUGGGACGGAUUCCAGAGUAGCGUGACGUCGCUGUUCGACAACCUCAGGCAGGUAGAGGAGCUGGUGGACAUCACGCUCUGCUGCGAGGGCCACCAGGUGCGCGCGCACAGGAUGAUGCUGUCCGUCUGCAGCCCGUACUUCAGGGAUCUGCUGAAGAACAAUCCGUGCCAGCAGAUGGUGUUCUUCCUCAAAGACACCACGGCGGCCGACCUUAACGCGGUCAUCGAGUUCAUAUACAAGGGGAGCGUGAACGUGUCGCAGAGCCAGCUGGCCAGCUUCAUCAAGACGGCGGAGAUGCUGCAGAUCCGGGGACUGAGCGGCGAGGAGGAUAAGGCGGCGCCGCCUCCGUCACCACGCCGCACCCCCGCCGCCCCUGCCGCCGCUACGCCACCACACAAACGCCGGCGUAUCUCGGGUUCGGACACCAUCCCGCGCCGCUCGCCAGCUUCACCAUCUCAACGACCACGGACACCAACCCCGCCACCUGGUGGACAACCGCUACCACCACCACCACCACCACCUCAACCGGCCCUACAAGAUCUCACGCUUGAGCAGACACAACACAUGGAUCACCAACCUCCACCGCCGCCUCAACACUCUACACACGCUCCGACGCCAGUGGCAGAGUCGGUUAAAGUCGAGAAGAUUGAUCUCACUGAAGAUGAAGAAGAGGCGAGUCUCGACUCGACGCUAUGCCAUGUCGCGGAGUAUGAAGGUGGUUAUGAUGGGUCGAACUCUGGAAUGGAACAGAUGCCCAUGCUGUCGGCUGACGCGUUAGGAGGAUUGCCACCGCUGGGCGCCGGGCCGUCUCAGCCGGCCCGCCCCCAUGGUCUACCCCACACCCCGGGCGGAGCCCAACCAGAGGACGGAUCAGGAGCAGGCGUUCUGGCCUUCUCUUGCAGCCUGUGCGACAAGCGCUACAGCUCCUCCUCCUCCCUGGCCAUGCACAUGAAGAAGCACAUGGGCGAGACGGGCUGCUACAUGUGUGGACGGGUCUUCAGCAUGAAGCAUCAUCUGAAGAGGCAUCUGAGAAAUGUGCAUGCCGUGCCAGCGGAGAGUCUGGCUCCGGGCGCUUCAGCGCCGAGUAGUUUGGCGUCAGGAUUCCCGAUGUCUAGUGGCUUAGGGACUGGUUUUCCGGCUUCAAGCAGUCCUGUAACAGGUUUUCCAGCGUUGAGCGUCACGCCAGGCUUAAAGAUAUCAAGCGAAGUUACGCUAAGCGCUCUAACGGCAAGCUCUCCAGCGGUUGGAGGUUUUUCGUCCGGUGCUUCAAAGUCAGGUGUAACAUCGGGCACUCAAGCGCUCGGCAGUGUGUGGUUUGGGAAUCUAGCUUCUGGUUCUCUGGCGUUUGGAAGUCAGUCUUCUAGUACCUAUGGCGGUAUGGGGUCCAGAACUCCCCCUUCAACUACUCAUAUUGCGCGCACUUUGGGGUCUGGGAGACCUUUGGGUACACUCAUUCCCCGCACCGUGGAUUCUGAAACUCAUUCUAUGGGCACUCCUCGUACUCUGGCGUCUGGUUCUGUUUCGCCGGGAAUUCCGACGCCUGAGGUGCUGACAUUAGGAACCUUGCGAGUAUGGCAUCAAGUAGCUGGCGAUGCUAGCGUAGAGGAUAAAGAAGAGUCUUCGGGGGAAGGACGUGAGGAACAGGCUUGAGGAGGAUGAAGUGGCUCUGUGUCUGAAGGGAAAUGGUGCCAAUCAAUGAGGACCCACAUGCGAAGGUGGCGUCAUGGAGAAAGAAUGGAACGACUACGUUUUUUUAUGGCAACGGACUUAGAAGGCAUUGAGACCCCUGAGUCGAGUGGUGUAGAUGAGUUGGUCGGAAUGGAUAGACUAAGUAGUGUUGCAGAUAUUCGGACACAUGUAUUCCUAGAACCCGUAUCUACCAUUUGAUGCAUGACGCGUGUAGGAUACGCACAGUGACAAUGCGUCAAAAGCCAGCCACUUGUCGUCAAGUGGUCUGGGUUGUUUUCAAAGCGCAUAUUUGCCUCUGAUGUCUUUUUCCGCCUUUCACUUUGUUGGAUAUUAUGUGAACCACUGGGCAAUGUAUGGAAUCGAUGUUUUUAUGCUGAAAAUUGUAGGUAUACUCGAUCGAGUGAGACAUUUAGAAGCUGGCUGUGGUGUUUCACUCGAUCUGUAUUAUCCUCAUAGAUUGGCUGCUCGGAUAAGUGAUAGUGAUGCCACUAGCUUGACAUUUCUGUCAUUGCUGUUUUACUCCUGGAAAAGGCGUCUCGUUGAAUGGGAGCAUUCUAUUGUAUCACUUGUCAUCAGUGUCGUGUUUGUAUGUUUGUCAUUGCAUUGUCUCACACCGUCAGAGAUCAUGUUGACGCCGAUUCUGUGUGUAGCUCACGUAGCUGAUUAUUUAGUCUAAAACGUGACUGGAUGUGUGUCGAUGCUUGGUGUGUGCCACCGGUCGCGGCACUGAUGUCAGGCUUUGAUUGGGCAUUUCAUUGAUAUUCCUGUUCCUACCCGUAUACCCACUUUCCCAUGUUCUGCUUCGAUGUCAGAGAGAUGCCUAGAAUUUGUUAUCCGCCCAAUACACAAUGUAGCUCCGAUCUCUUUGGCUCGUAGAUUUGUGCGCGGCUUAUGAACGUCGCCUUAAAGUUGUUUACCUUCUCGUUUCAAGGAAUUGUGCUAGUGUUACUGUAAAUAAAUAUGGUCAAAAUUGG